CAGCGGCUGCGGGCAGAACCGAGCGGCGGCAGCCGGGCCGGGCUCUCCUUGGCCGGUACCGGGAGCAGCGGAGCCGCCCCGAGCGGAACCGGCACCGGCAGAACCGCCCGGCGGCGGGGCCGGGCCGCGGGCAGCGCCCGGAGCUCCCCCGGCCCCGGCAUCCCUGCGGAUGGAGGCGCUUUGGGAUGGAUGGAGCCGUGGAUGGAGCAGGGCCCGGGGACGACUUUGUGCAGGAACAUCUCCGCAGGGAAAUAAGGAAUAUAAGGGCAUGUCAUCCUGCCAGAAGCCUCUCCCCUGUUUAUUUUCCUCUUCCCACAUCCAUGCUGGCAACUUCGGGGAAUAAUUUCAUAUAAAGACGAGCAGGGAGAGCAGAGGCAGUUGCAGAACGGCGUGAAGGUAACCUUGAGCUGAGCCCUAUAAACCCCGGCCUCCGUCAAGGCAGGAUUAAAGAAACUUUCCUGGCAAUCCAGAGCUGGGAAUCGCAGCCUGGCGCUGGGAAUCGCAGCCCCGGGCGGCCCCCACCCAGCCUGGCCCUGCCCCACGGCACCUUCUCCUCCGCCCUAUUCUUUCCCCGUCCCUGUGAUAAGAGAUGUUAAUGAGGGGGUGAAAUUGGAUAUUCCCGUCGCCUUCUCCUCCUGAUGGAAUUCUGGUGGUGGUUAAUUUGCUGUUUUUAAUGGCCCCAUUGUUCUCCCGGCCUGGGGGAGCCACGUGAGGGUGUUUGGCCCUGCUCGGAGGGGAGGUGGUGCCUGAAGACAAGCGAACCUUGGGGCUCAAUAACUGCACAGCAAUUUGAAGACAAGCCCCAAAUCCAUAAUUGAUGGGCCCUUCAUUCAUCCCGCUCCUGCUGAAGCCGCUCCCGGACCUGUUCCCGCCUGUCCACGCACAGAGGGAUGGACAAACCUGGAUAAAGCUGGGAAAUUAUCGAGCAUUUCCUUGGCCUGGGGACAGCUGACACCGCUCAGGGAGGUGGAGAUUUCUUGCCCUGGGAGCGAGCUGAAAGGGGUUCCCUUGAACAAAGGGUCCCAGGCAGCAUUCCAGGCUCCAGGCGCGUCCAGGGACUUUUCAUUCUUUGUCUGAAAGGGCAGCGGUGCCGUUCCCAUCCGAGCGAUGCCUGACGGAGCCGGUGCCGCCGGCAGCGAGGAGCAGCUGAUCGGCUUUCAAAUCACCUUCAAACCUCGAUUUCCUUAACAUGAUCCCUCCGUCAGCGCGGUCCCCGGGGCACAGCCGCGGGGCUUUGCCGGCAGGAGAAUAAACGGAAUACCCCGGGACGGCGCGGGGACCCAAAAUCCACCUUCCCCAGCACUCCAGGACUUUUUAGGGUCGAGCAACAGCUUUGCACGACCUCACCCCAUCUGCUCGCAGCGAUUCACCCAAUCCAGGCGGGAUAAUCCCUUCCUUGGAGCAUCCCUGGAGCCGCCUCGCAGCAUCCCCGCGGCGCCGGCUGCCGCGGAAGGGAUGAAGACGCUAUGGCCAAGCUUUUGCUAAAACUCCAGCGGUAUUUUCGGCGCAAACCCGUGCGUUUCUUCACGCUGCUGGCUCUCUACCUGGCGGCCGGCAGCUUGGUUUUCCUGCAUUCCGGCUUUUCGGGGGAGCCCAGGGUGGCGGGGAGCCCCCGCAGCCCCGCGGCCGCGGAGGGCCCGGGGCUGCAGUACCUGGGGGUGAUGCAGCUCAGCCGCGGCUUCAAGGCGGCAGCCACGAUACCGGCGGGGGGCCGGCGACACGGGCCGUGGUUCAGGAACACCUCCAGGGAGCCGUGGGACAGGGGAAAACCCCGGGAGAACAGCGGCCCCCGCAGCCGGGCGCUCAGAGGAAGGAGCGGCCGAGAGAAGGAGGAGGACAGAGCCCGGUACAUCGGCUGCUACGAGGACAACACCCGGCACAGGACCCUGCGCGGGAUGUCCUUCUUCGACUACAAGAAGAUGACGGUGUUCCGCUGCCAGGACAACUGUGCCGAGCGGGGCUACCUGUACGCGGGGCUGGAGUUCGGGGCCGAGUGCUACUGUGGGCACAAGAUCCAGGCACCCAACGCCAGCGAGAACGAGUGCAACAUGGAGUGCAAGGGAGAGAGGAGCAACACCUGCGGCGGCGCCAACCGGCUCUCCGUGUACCGCCUGGAGCUGGCCCAGGAAUCCGCACGCAGGUAUGGAAGCGCGAUAUUCCGGGGGUGUUUCCGCCGGCCGGAAAACGUUUCCAUCGCUCUGCCCGCCAGCCAGCUCAUGCUCAACAUGUCCGUGGAUAAAUGUGUGGAUUUCUGCACAGAGAAGGAAUUCCCCCUGGCAGCGCUGGCGGGCACCACGUGCCGCUGUGGCUUUCCCAGCACGCUGUUCCCGCUGCACGAGCGCGAGGACGAGCAGCUCUGCGCGCACAAAUGCGCCGCCGAGGAGUUCGAGAGCUGCGGCUCCGCCGACUUCCUGCUGGUCUACCAGACACAAGUGCAGGACAAUCGCUGCAUGGACAGGAGGUUCCUGCCCAGCCGUGCCAAGCAGUUGGUGGCCCUGGCCAGCUUUCCUGGAGCUGGCAACACCUGGGCCAGGCACCUGAUCGAGUUGGCCACCGGCUUCUACACCGGCAGCUACUACUUUGAUGGCUCCCUGUACAACAAAGGAUUCAAGGGCGAGAGGGAUCACUGGAGGAGUGGCAGGACCAUUUGCAUCAAGACCCACGAGAGUGGGCAGAAGGAGAUCGAGUCCUUCGACUCUGCCAUCCUGCUGAUCCGCAACCCCUACAAGGCCCUGAUGGCCGAGUUCAACCGCAAGUACGGGGGGCACAUCGGCUUCGCCGCCCAUGCCCACUGGAAGGGCAAAGAGUGGCCAGAGUUUGUGGCCAACUACGCGCCGUGGUGGGCGACGCACACGCUGGACUGGCUGCGCUUCGGGAGGAAGGUGCUGGUGGUGCACUUCGAGGACCUGAAACGCGACCUGUUCGCCCAGCUGCAGAGGAUGGUGGCCCUGCUGGGCGUCACAGCCUGCCAGGACAGGCUGCUGUGCGUGGAGGGACAGAAGGACGGCAACUUCAAGCGCUCCGGCCUGAGGAAGCUGGAGUACGACCCCUACACGCCCGAGAUGCGCAAGACGAUCGGCGCCUACAUCCGGACCGUGGACGCGGCGCUGAGGCUGCGCAACCUCUCGGGGGUUCCUGAGGAUUAUUACCCCAGAUGAUGGCGACCCUGCGUGCCCAGGGGUGUCCUCCUGGCGGCUGCUGGCUGAUUCCACCCAGUGGGUGGCUCCUCUUUUCACCCUGUAGCUGUUGGUCACUCCCUGCAUGAGCCGCCGCAGGUCCCCCAGCUACUGCUCAGCUUUUUGGUUUUUUUUUUGGCCAACCUGGGGACACGGGUGCCUUCCCUGCUGCUGUUCUGGCUGCCCCAAGGUGGGUGUCGCCAAAAUCCCGGCCCUGGAAGGAUUCCACUCGUCCUUGGAUGGAAUCCUCAGCCUUCCCAAGGGAGGAUGGACCAAGGGUGUGGCACUGUGGAUGCUGCCUGAGGUGCAAUGUCCCCAGACGUGGUGGCUGUGGCCCCUUGAGCCAUCCCGUGGCUCCCUGAGAAUUCCCUGGAAUUCCCCAGCCACAGCACCAGGCAAAGUGGCUUCUCCAGUCUUUGGGGUGCCCACAACCCCCACCAGCAGUGGAAGCUCCCCUUCCUUGUGGAUGCUGCUCCAGAGGGGGAUGUUUUUCCUGAUGGAACCCACAAGCUCACCCAGGCCUCAUUCCAGAGCCAGAACAGCCCCUCAGGAGCAUUUUUGGGGGGGCCAGGAGCAGUUUGGGGGACCGGGAGCGGGGCCCACACUGCAACCCAGCUGCACCCCCUGGGGCUGAGCUUUGGGGUGUCCCAAAGCCAAACCAAAGGAUCCCCCACACCGAUUCCCAGGCUGGCUUUGUGCACAGCUGCAUGUGGUCCCUGGCUGUCCCCUCACCCCAUGCCACCCUCCCCAGCCUGGCUUUGCCCCAGACGAGCUCCCCAAAGCUCCCAGCCCGCAGGACCCCCUUGGAUGUAGGUGCAAAAGCCAUAUAUUGUAGGCAGCCUUUUCUAGAGUUAGAGAUUCACCAGUUGGCUUUUAACUCUUGAUCCUGAUAGAAAUGCAGGCACAGGUCGAAGCCAGAGACCCUGCUUGGUCUCUAUUCCAAGAGAGAAGGAAACUCCCUGGAGAAAAAAAAGGAGAAUUUCAAUAAAAAUCUAUUUUUCUAA